AUAUAGAGUACAUGUCCAACCCUAAUUAUAGUAUAUUAGAUGGAAAGAGUAUUUUAAAAUCCAUCAAAUUGCAAAACAGAUUUUGGGCCGAGUAUCACUGGUGCCCGAGUGGCUAAGCUCCAGGCAGCGAGCAGCAAGGCAGCACUCAAGCCCUGCAAGUACGGCCCUCAGGUGCCUCAUCCUUGCUCCAAACUUCUCUUGAUGCUCCAAAUCGUGUUCAGGGGCUCGAAUGCCCAAUAUCUGCCUCAAACCCUUCUUGUGAUGAAUAUACAUGAGCUUUCAACAACUGGAAUGCCUCAAAACUAUGCAAGUUGGGGUUCAAUCCAUAUAAACAACUACGCAGCAUUCGGAGAUCCAAGAGCUCAGACGGUUCAGAUAAUCUGUGAGAACCAACUUUAUCACAACAACUCCAUUUCUGUCCCAAACUUUGUUGAUACAAUGGAAAAGUUAAGUCCGCAAAUGCAAACCUCGGGCUAUGGUAUGGCGGUAACCAGCUCAGGCCCCGACACUAAUUAUGCACUAGCAGACUGUUAUGGUGAUCUUUCUUUACUUGAAUGUGUGUUAUGCUAUGCUGAAGCACGCACUAUUCUCCCUCAGUGCUUUCCUUACAAUGGUGGAAGGGUUUUCCUCGAUGGCUGCUUCAUGAGAGCUGAGAAUUAUAGUUUCUUCCAAGAAUAUAUUGGACCAAAUGACAGGGUUCUUUGUGGUAAUAGAACGCAAAAAAAUUCUGCAUUUCGGGUUUCUGCAAGGCAGGCUGUUGAAAAAGUAGUUUCAGCAGCACCAUCACAUUUCUAUGCACGAGCACAAGUGCCCGUGUCAGGGACAGCAAAUGAGUCAGCCUAUGUUCUUGCUGAUUGCUGUAGAACACUUAGUGUUGACUAUUGCAGAGCUUGUUUGGAGAAUGCAUCUGCAUCUAUCUUGGGAUGCUUGCCACGGUCUGAGGGUCGGGCGCUGAAUGCAGGGUGCUUCAUGAGGUACUCAGAUACCAACUUCCUUAAUCCUACACAAGUAAAUGGAAGUCUUAAUCGUACACAAGGAAAUGGAAUUUUUAAUACUACACAAGGAAAUGGAAGUUUAAAUACUGCACAAGGAAAUGGAAGUUCAAGAGGGAAAAAAACAACCAUUACUGUGGCAACUGUUAGUUCAAUAGCUGUUUUGGUUAUUGGAGCAGUCAUUGGAGUUUAUAUCCGGAAGCACAGAACAAUACAGAAGAAGAAAAAAGGUGAUGCAGAGAAACUCGCGAACACCCUUUAUGGUAACUGCUUGAACUUCAAAUAUUCCACACUUGAGAAGGCAACUGGUUCUUUUGAUGAAGCCAACAAGCUUGGGCAAGGUGGAUUUGGCACAGUGUACAAGGUCAUUCUUCCAGAUUUGGGAAAUGAAGAGCACUGUUGUAGAUUGAUGUCUAAGCUAAAAAAAAAAUUGUUAUUGCAGGGAGUGUUGCUAGGUGGAAGAGAAAUUGCAGUAAAAAGGCUUUUCUUUAACAACAAACAUAGAAGAACAGAUUUCUACAAUGAAGUCAACAUUAUUAGUAGUGUUGAGCACAAAAAUUUAGUCAGGUUGUUGGGUUGCAGUUUCUCGGGACCUGAAAGUCUUCUUGUAUAUGAAUAUUUACCAAACAAGAGCCUUGAUUUCUUUAUCUUUGAUUCAAGCAAAGGUAAAACUCUGAACUGGGAGAAGAGAUUUGAGAUAAUUAUAGGGACUGCAGAAGGGUUGAUGUACCUUCACGAAAACACAAAAACUAGAAUCGUUCACAGAGACAUCAAAGCAAGUAAUAUCCUCUUGGACUCAAGAUUCCAUGCUAAAAUUGCUGAUUUUGGGUUGGCAAGGUCUUUUCAAGAAGACAAAAGUCAUAUUAGCACCGCCAUCGCUGGAACAUUAGGAUAUAUGGCUCCCGAAUACUUAGCACGUGGUCAAUUGACAGAAAAAGCAGAUGUGUAUAGUUUUGGUGUACUUCUUAUUGAAAUUGUCACUGGAGGACAGAACAAUAGGAGCAAAGCUUCUGAGUACUCGGAUAGCUCAUUAACACUAGUGUGGAAUCAUUUCCAGCGAAGAACAGUAGAGGAGAUGUUUGAUCCAAACUUAACGCUGCAUAACUAUCAUAACGUGGAUGUUAAAACGGAGAUUCUAAGAGUUGUACAUGUUGGACUCUUGUGCACUCAAGAGAACCCGUCCCUAUGACCAUCCAUGUCUAAAGCACUAGAGAUGCUGGUAAACAAAGAAGAGCACCUUCCUGCACCAAAUAAUCCUCCCUACAUAUACGAGACCAUAGAACUAAAUGACACACAUCAAGACCAACAUUCCCCAGUCGAGAAUGGCAAUCCUGCUUCAAUCACUACCAUAUCCCAGAGUACUUUCUAUCCCAGAUGACAUCAAAAUCGAUGUUAUUCCACGAAAAUGCAAACUAUUUCUACCAUGUGUAUAAAUACUAUAAAACUAGCAGUUAUCUUAUUUGGCAUUACUUUUUUUUCAAUGUUGCUAUACAAAUAAGGUCAAUGACAUGAUUUAAAAAUAGAGGACACGUGUCAUACAUUCAUUGGACAGUUCGGAAAAAAGAGCCACAUAGCACCUGUCAAAGGCCCUGUUCAUUUUUUUUCA